CUUAAACCGCGAUCGGGAUGCGCACUACCAAAACAAAUGUAUCAAUGAUGAUAAGCCUCCGAAGAUAGAACAAUUCAUCCAGCCCUUAGAACAGCCAGUUUGUGUUGUACCGCUCAACAAAUAGGUUUGUUCCAAUCGGUUAAUAGAGAAUUUCGUAGCCAAAAUGUCGGAAGUAAUUGAAAUGAUAAUGAUCCUUAUCAUAGUGACGCUCUGCUUUCUUAUGAUACCGUUCAACCUUCAGCCAAAUUCAGUGAUCGAAGCUCGCAAAAAGUUUGAUACAUUUAUUAAGUUGUAUGAUAAACCUUACCGAUACAACGUCCGUGAAUAUGAUCACCGUUUUCAAAUAUUUCGAGUAUCGUUGAACAAAAUAGCUUCUUUAAAUGCGCAUCGAGUUGAGAACGAUACUGCUAUCUACGGGAUUACUCAGUACGCAGACUUAACCGAUCAAGAGUUUCUUCGUUUGCAUUUGGCUGACUUGAAACAUGAAACGACUCCUGGAACAGCGAACAAUAGAGGGGUUAGCGUUCUGGAUAAAUUUAUCAUAGAAUCAAAAAGUGCAGAAAUGAAAGAUGACAUCAUCUUCUCGCGAGCUAAGAGAGAUCUGAAAAUUCUGGAUUAUCUACCAAAGGUAGUCGAUUGGCGAGAUAAGGGAGUGGUAGCUCCGGUUCGAUCGCAAGGAAGUUGUGGUGCUUGCUGGGCAAUCAGUGUAGUCGACACAAUUACGUCCAUAUCGGCAAUCAAGAGGCAACAGAACUUUUCAGAGCUAUGCCUGGAUCAGGUGAUCAACUGCGCUGGAAAUGGAAACUUUGGCUGUGAAGGAGGUGACACCUGUCGGUUACUGGAGUGGCUGAAAGAAGAAAAGGUUAAACUCAACACACUGAAGCAAUGUGAAGCACUAGAUACAAGCAAAAAUGGACCGAACUGUACAUUUCAGCAGGCAUCAAACGGAGAAUAUUUAUCGCUGAAUCAGUUCUCGUGUGUCAGUCUAGUCGACCGUGAACAUCUGAUGCUUCGCUACCUGGCCACUCAUGGUCCAAUAGUGGCGGCCGUGAAUGCCGCCUCGUGGAAAUAUUACCUGGGUGGCGUCAUUCAGUACCACUGUGAGGAAGCGUACGAAGAUCUGAACCAUGCGGUGGAAAUCGUCGGUUACAAUCUGGAGAGCCAAAUCCCCUACUACCUAGUGAAGAACUCCUGGGGCCCGAGGUUCGGCGAUCGAGGCUACAUCAAGAUUCAGGUGGGGAAGAACUUGUGCGGGAUUGCCAAUAGGGUUUCUUUCAUUGAACUCGUGUAGAGCAAUAAACAGUUGUUUCACUCUUGCAUCGCUGCGUUUGUUUUAUUUAGAAUUUUUCAGUUUUCUUUUUCUUGUUUUCUGUUGUUUUUAUCUGUAUAAUGUGAUUUUUCGUGUUAUAUACAGUAUUAUAUGCAUCUGUAAGUUAUUGUGUUGCAGUAGUUUGUUCGUGAGAAAUAUACCCGGUAGUUAAUACUUUUUACAAUUACGUUUGAUUCUAUGAGUUUUCGUAUAUAAUCAAAAUUUUAAUGAACUAUAAAAUGUUGUUGGAUAAGUCAUAAUGAUUGAUGAAACAUAUUCAAAACUGAAAUAUUGGAUUAGAUUCAUAUAACAUAAUGACUAAUUAUAACAUGUUUUGAUAAUUUAGUAAAAUGUUUUUUUUUUUUCAAUGCAUAAAUCAUGAGUAUAAAAUUAUUCUCUUGCAACCCAUAUGCUAGUGCCACCGCAUUAUCCAAGCAUGACAGUAGAUGGCAGAGUUGAUAUAUCGGUAAUUAUUCCAAUUUGUGCAAACUUUGUCAGACAUUUGGAUAAAGCAGAUAACACGAUGUUGUAAAACCGAAAUGAUUGAAAAAUAUAACCUUCCUUUGGAUUUACAGGUUAUUGAGCAGAUUAUUUCUUAAUUAAAAAUGAUAAAGGAAUGUCCUUGAGUCAAAUGAAACUGUUCACAUGUCGUACCGUAGGUAUAUGAAACAAUUUUAAAC